AUGGCCGAACCUUCACCAGAUCCCAUUAGACAGUUAAUUAUAAAUUCACUCUUCUCGGAUAUAACCGAAGAUUCCAACUCAGGAGUUCAUGGUGUAUCAAAUGAGUCGUUAAUAACAUAUUUAAAAGUAGCGGAAGAUGUUUCAGGAACGGGAGCUUCACCUACUGCAGACCGUCCUGGUACUAUUGUUAGACGAAAUGGAAAAAUAAGAAUACAUAAAGCCAAAAGAAAUGCCAAUAAUACAUUCUCCAUUGGUAAAACAUGGCCAUUGGAAGAUAUCAAGUGUAUUGAAGUUCUUGAUUCUCAAGCUUUUAUUUUAACGAUGAAUAAGUCAUAUUUUUGGACAGCGGAUAAACAACGAGAAAAAAAACGUCGUAUUAAAAAUAAAUCAACAACAAAUUUACGAAAUGUGGUACAUGCGGUUCAAAAUAUGGUGGGAGUUCAAAAAAAUUUACGAGCGAAUCAUACAUUUUCACCCUCAACUAAUGCUUCAAUUGGUUCUGUUGUCGGCGCUGUUAGUAGUACCGCUGCUGUUACUGCUGGUGGUGGUGUGAAUAUAGUAAAUGGAGUUAGCGUAACAAGUAGCAUGAGUGUGAGUGAUGGUGCAAUCGGUAUCUCCGGUAUUUCUGAACUUCUUAAUGAUUUUGAUUGGAAAGGAAGUGGAAAUGCGGCUGCAUUAGAAGAAAGAUUAUUAAACGAAUUGGCGGCAUUGGAAGCUGCAAAUAUUCAUGCUAUAGUAGAAUCAGAUGAUCGUAUUCAUUCACUUAUUGGACAAAUUGAUAAAGCUAUUGCUGAAUUGGAUAAUAUGGAUCAAUGGCUCUCAUUAUAUACUGCUGAAUUGAAUACAAUGGGAGAUGAUGAUAUUCAUCAUAUAGAAUCACAAAAUCGAGGUUUACAAGUACAAACAGCUAAUCAAAAGGCUUUGUUAUCUGAACUUGAUCGUCUGAUGCAAUCAAUCACACUUCCUGAUCAUAUUAUCCAAAUAUUAAUACAUGAAUCAAUGGAUACACCUCAAGGUGUUCAAAAUAUUGAACAAGCAGCUAUUCAAUUAAAGAAUGUCUUGGAAACUCCAUUUGAUGAUGCAACACGCGAAAUGAAAGUAGUUCAAGAAAAAUUAGAAUUAUAUAAAUUUCAUUGUACCAAUUUUUGUUCACGUUUAUAUGAAUAUAUGACAUCCAUUUUUCAAUAUCAGGCAGAAACUUUAAUGAAUGAUAAAAGUCGAGGAGCUAGGCAUAAUAAUCUUACGAUUCAAAGUCAUGAACAUAUCACAGAAUCUUUACAUAAAUAUCAAGGAUUAUCAAAAUGGAUGAAAGAGAUGGAUCCCAAACGACAUUUAGAAAUACAAUCAAUUUAUGUGACAUCAAAAGAAAAAGUUUAUAAAAAAGAAACUAAAGAUUAUUUACAACAGAUGAGACAAAUGUUGGCAAAAAGAGAAUUAUCCGGAGAAAAUACUUAUGCUUUUAGUGACGCAGCAUUAGCACAUACUCAUCGAACAAGUUUAAAUUACGGUAAUUGGUUAUCAUUUGAUAAUGCAAAACCAUCUUGGGAAGUUAAAGAUGGCGGAGGAAAAUUUCCACCUGAAGAGUCAUUUGAUCAUUGCCUACAAACUAUAAUUCCUUUAGUGGCCAAUGAACAAAAUUUUAUUUCAAGUUUUUUUCAUCUUUCAAAGAAAGGAUCCAAAUUAGUUUCACCAGAAGAAGCUUUUAUUAAAGAUUUAGAUGCUGAAGAAGAUAGUAAUGAUCUUAAUUCUCAUAAAUUACCUGAACAUAUGGAAAAGUUAUUUGGUUUUCUACCGGAUGAAUUAUCUAUUUUUGUCAGUUAUGGUUGCAAGCAUGACACUGUACAAGUGGUAGGAAUGAUUGUAUCUUUAGAAAAACAUAUGCAAGAAUAUGAAAAGCGAGGUCAAGAUCAAGUAGUUAGAAUAUUACAAAAUGUGAGAAAAAAUUGUUUGGAAAUUUUUGAAAGAUUUAUUAAUGAUCAACUUCGAGCUAUCGAGGAUACAAAAGUUACUUCGAAAAAACGAAAGGGUAUAGUAAUAUUCAUUCGAAUAUUUCCGAGAUUUGUAGAACGCAUUGAACACUCUAUGAAAUCCGCCGAUCUACUAGAAAUCCGUCGAACAGUUAAUAGAGGUUAUGAAAGAAUUGUCAAGACGAUGUUCGAAAGUUUAGAUGCGAUAGCAAAGGAUGCUGAUGAAUUCUUACCAACCUCGGCGGAUGAUAAAGAACAAUUAAAUGCUCAUAUCAUAACUUUAGAAAAUAUGCAUCAUUUUUAUAGUGAAAUUCGUACUCGUAAAAUUAUGGCCUUAGAACCAUUCAUGAGAUCUGCUCGAAGUUCUUAUGAUAAACAUUUAGAAGCUUAUGCUAAAUCCGUUAUUAGAAAACCUUUUGGUAUAGAAAGUUUACUAAGGACAACCGCUGCACCUGAAGAAGUUGGAUUUCGACUUCAAUAUAAUAAAGUUGCUUUGAAGAAGAUUGUAUCUUCAUAUCCUGGAAAAGAAAUCAAAAAAGGUCUUGAAUCAUUAUACAAAAGAGUUGAUAAACAUUUCACCGAAGAAGAAGGUUUAUUACAAGUAGUUUGGAGAAGUAUCGAAGAAGAG